AUGGAAAGGAAAAUGUCAAAGGAAGCGACAGUUCCAGAGCCGUUUGAGAGUGGAAAGGAAUUCCAAGACGAUCAAGGCCAAAAAGCGAGUCGCAACGAUUCAUUUAGAAGGAAUGAAGGGCAGGGUUGCCGGGUUGAAUAUUUGCAAAAUCAGGGACCCAACAUGGUAUCAGGGCAGCAGACUCCUGGGCACGAACUUUUGCAUACAAGACAAAGGGAAUAUUCCGAAAAAAUGUCGACGAAUAAGCACGAAGGGAGGUUUCUCCGCACAGGAUAUCCCCAGAAUCAGUCUGCAGCUUAUUCACACAGUUCUGUUAACCAGAUUGACAUGGCUGAUGCAGGGCAAGGAUCAUUUCAUUUUACUCAGCAACUAUCAGCUCCAGUAGGAGGGAAUGGCCAACCACAGGAACCACUGCAUACACAGGGGCUUCUGCCAUUUGAACAACAACAACUACCCGAACCUGCAUUGACAGCUGCAUUACCAAAACAACGGGCUACCGGGAUGCCUGCAAUUGAUAAAGAAGAAAUAUCAAGCUUACUGGCAACAACGGAGCAGUACCUAUCGGUACUACGACUGAACCAGAACAUGCAUGCAAGCCACACUCAAGGACUUCCGACCGUUCCGGCGUACCCCAGCCGAUCUGCCAAAGACAACAGUGCGGCCGAUAUUAACCACCUUACAGCCCUGCCGAGUAUUAAUUCCUCACACGAGUUUGAGUAUGAUCUAGGGAAGUUACCAGGAGUCACGAAACAGCUUCUUGCUGAGGUAGAGGCGAAAAAGGCAGCAUAUCGAAAUAGACUUCGUGCACUGCGCACGCUGCAAGGAGACCGAAUAAUAGUGAGCCAGUCGACCCAGGUCAUGAAUACGAAGUUAUUGCCUCGGAGUUCUGGGGUUAUGAGCAGCAGAGCGACUCCUCAGGGUAUAGCUGGCACACGAGGGCGAAUUCUCAAGACUACGCCAAAAACCUUGCGUCCUGGCCGGCUGGUAAUUCGAGGCCCUAGCAACGGGUAUUGCAGUUUUGGUGACCUGGUACAAGCUGAUAUGCCAUCUCCAUCCUUGGAACACUUUUCUAUCACGAGGCUAUCCCGAACGGCUCAAAGGCACAAUCAAACGCCGCCGCGUCCGCGAGAAAAACAAUUUGCUGUCUUCUGGGAAUUGCUUAAGCGACCAGAGCUGGUAAUUACAUUAGCAAGUCAUCUUCGUGUUCAGGAAUUGCUUAUUCUGUAUAGAAUUUGCAAGCCAUUUCACAAUAUUAUCAACGAGCGCUUCACGACAGUGAUCCUUUCCCAAGCAAUGCAACGAGCACCAGAAUCUGCCAAAAUCUUUCCAUUCCGCUGUUAUUCAAAGCUUUGUAUCGACGAUCCUGGCCACCGCCCACAUCCGGUGGCAAAAAGGGCGGCAGCUGGGCAACAUCGCAAAGUUCCAUCAUUCCGGUGGCUUCUUAUGGUCUGUUACCGUGAAAUGGUCUGCCAUGAUAUUAGAAUGAUCAUGGCCGAAGAUGGGAUUCCUUUGCCAGAGCAAUGCGAAACCGUUAUGAAAAAAAUAUGGUUUAUUUUAGACAUUCCCAACAACAGUCGUCGCAUUGGGAUGGUGCAAAAUAUCGAAAUUUUCACUGAUACUGAUUUAUUCUUUGCCACACUAUUCUUUGUCAAAAUGGAUAUGCGGUUCACAGACCCGGUAAGCGGGAGUGGUAGAGAUGGAAUGCGCCGCAUGCUCCUAUCGCAGCCAACACUCAGUACCUUUUGGAAGGCCUUAAAACGAACAGCUCUAGUCAGCAAGUUGGAUGCAGUAAAGAUGUUUAUCCGCUGGAAAUGGCAACCACCAGCCCGCAUUGCUGGCCAGUCAGUCUUUGGUGUCCCGCCAGAAGAAAUUGGUAUUUUGCAGUUUGAAGGCUGGGGCCACGCAGGGAAUCGAGUACGAUUACAGCGGCCAGAUGAAAUAAUCUUGAAAGAGUCUAUUCGCCGACGCUUGAACCUUCAACGAAACUAUACAGAUAUGUUUUUGUGGGGUUACGUCAACCCAAGAACUUUGGAAGAUAUCCCACCUAUCGUAGAACGUCGGGAUUUGGACCGGUUGGAGGGAAUGGAGGAGCUAUUCAUUUCGGAGGACGAUAACCUAAACAGAAGCAUCGGAAAACCCGUUUCAACACGGGUAACAUUCAGCUAG